AUGUUACUCAAGACCAUCGCCACAUCCACAGCAUUGCUUGCGUACUAUGCAACCAUCCACCAGGCGUCAGCAUGCAUCCACGGGGCGCGAGCCGUCGAGACCACCAGCGCAGCAGCGUCAACAGGCGAGAUGUUUCCACAAAGCAUAUUCGGCAGCGAGGACCCGUCCGACCCAGGCUCGCUCGGCUACUUCGUGAACCACCUGUGCAUCAAUGUUCGCAACGCGACGGAGAGCAUUGACUUCUACUCCAAGACGUUCGGGUUCCGCCACAUCUUCACGCUCCGGGUCACCGAACAUUUCAGCAUAUCGUACAUGGGUCACAGCCACGGCGGCAAGAAUGGCACGGGCUACCAGAGCGUUGCAGAGCUCAAUCGCGAAAAGAAUAACGCCCAGGGGUAUUUGGAACUCGUCUCGUUGAGUGUCCCCGGCUGGGAUUUAUUCGCGUCGGCGAAGAUUCCGAAUACGUUUGCGCAUAUUGGGUUGGUGGUGCCCGAUAUUGAGAAGACACAGAAGCGGUUGGAGGACAUUGGGGCGAAUAUUGUCAAGAGUUUUGGCGAGGUUCCAACCAUUGUUGGGCCGGUGGCGAAUGCUACGUCCUUGGGAGAUCUUUCGGAGCUGGAUCAGUCGGAAAUCGAUGCGAUUCUGGCGGCUUUGAUUCCUAGUAAUACGCCGUUGAUCUGGGUUGCUGAUCCGGAUGGCAACUUGAUCGAGAUCCAGGGGCAAGAUGGGUUUGGAGUGGUUAAUUGA